AUGUCCCAGAGGAAGGAAGGUGCAGUUGAUACAUGCGACCUGUGUCGCACGUGUCAACCAUGCGACAACAAGAAGGAUCUCGUCUUGGUUGAGCUCACAAACCGACUCUUUGUCAGAGACGAUCGCACGUGGUUCGAGUCCUUGCGAGCAACCCGAGGCAUCGCCAUGGGUGCCUCCGCUUCUGGAUCCUGGAUGCACAACCCCCCAAGGGUCGUGAUGUCCUCCAACGCGUCCGGCUCCUACAUCCAGACUCGCGGGGGAGUUAUCAUGUCCUCCUCCCCGUCUGGGUCCUUCAUCCAGACGCCAGGGGGAGUGAUCGUGUCCUCCACCCCUGCUGGAUCCUGGAUGCAGACGCCCUCGGGAGUCGUCGUGUCCGCGUCCGAUCUGGGAUCGUACGUCCGAACUCCCUCGGGGGUCGUCGUGUCCAGUUCCCCGUUCGGAUCUUGCAUCUGCAAGCCUUCGAGAGUCAUGAUGUCCGCCACGAGGCAUGGAUGCUUCGGUCAGAACGGCGCCGAUGUGGGAACAAAAAAGGAGUGCUUCGAGAGAGGAGGAUUUCCUUCGUGGAAGAUUUUCCGAGUCGGAGCAGAGGCGGGGUCCCAGGUGGAUGCCCCAGCCGAGGACGACGGGGACAAGUGCAUCAUCUGCUUCGCUCCGUAUGACCUCCUCCACCCCAUGGUCGCUCUCCCUUGUGGACACUUUUACGGCCUUCCCUGCAUUCACGACUGGAUGGCGAGGAAGCAGGAAUGCCCGCUGUGCAAACGGCGCGCUGUCUUCCCAGAUAUCGUUGUUGAAGCAGUGAAAGGACUGAAGGCCAGAAGAAGAAAAACAAAGGAUCUUCUGGCUGAAGAUGAAGGAAAAAUAUUUCUUCAAAUUGGGUCCUUCAGAUACCCUAAGAAAUUGGAGACAAUUAGAAUUAAUUUACCAUAUCCCUAUUAUGGGAAUGGAUCAUGGCCUGAAGUGUGCCUUUUUGUGAGGGAUCUCAAGAAGAAAGCUCGACAUGAAGAUGACGAUGACACCAUUCUCCAUUUCCAGAAGCUCUUGCAAGCAGCAGGAGUUGGAAAUCUUAUUUCCAAGAUCAUUCCUUAUCAUCAGCUGCGAGUUGAGUAUGGGCAUGUUCGGUUGAAGGAGGCAUUGUGCAGCCAGUUUGAUGUCUUCCUAGCUGAUGGAUCCAUUGCACACCGUAUCCCUUCACUCCUUGGCAAGACUUUCUUUAAGCGCAAGAAGCUGCCAGUGAGUGUGAAAUUGGAGAGAGGGAAACUGGAGAAGGUUUUGAAAGGUGCUAUACAGGGAAUCCAGCUGCCCAUCCUCUCAUUCCGGGCUGACUCUUUUCUCACUCAGGUUGGGAAAUUGAAUCAGACUAAUGAAGAACUUGUGGAAAAUAUCCUCUCUGUGAUUGGAGGACUGAGGGAGAGGUUCCCAGGUGGCUGGCAUAAUGUGCGCAACCUCUACAUCAAGUCCGACUCCAUGAAUGUCUCAAUUCCCAUCUAUAUCUCAUUGGGAUCACGAAAUAAAGUGGAGGUGCCAGAUGUCAAGGAGGAGGAAGUAGAGCCAGUUGUAGGAGAAGUGGGACAUAAAGUUGUUGCCAUCUACCCAGAUGGGCAAGUGCAGGUGAUUCGCUCAAAGGAUGAAGAUGAUGAUGAAGAGAGUGAUGAAGAAGACCCCAAGAAGAAAAGUAGAAGAAAAAACCUUGGCAAGGAAAGCCAAUUAGUUUUGAAUAGGAAAGGAAUUCCAAUGAAGAAGCACAAGUUAAGUAAGGCAAAAGAAAGGAAAAGCCCUUCACAUGAGGGAACCUCAGCAUUUAUCACUGAGUCUGUGGUGGACAAAGAUGAAGACCAGAAAAUGGGAAUAGAAGAAAAGGGUGGCAAAAUGUCACCAUUGAGCUCAUAUUCUACGAGGGGGGAUUCCCUUAACAUUGGCAGCCUGCAGAACAGAAAGAAAAGGAAGCUGGGUUCACAAAUUAGUGCGAAUAAAGGAAUCAAACUGGGGGAUCUUGAUGACAUAAGCCUUUCACAGGAGGCAAAGGAAACUCUUCCCUAUGUUAAUGGAGUUGCAGCAAGAAAGGUUGAAAAGAGAAAGAAAAAGAAUGCUUGGAAUACUUGGGAGGUUACUCCAAAGCAGUCAACAGAGAUAAAGGUAGAAGGGAAACGAUCACUGGAUGAGGUUUCUCCACAGAUGCAUUCAUCUCUGGUUGAAUCUCCAUUGCUUGCCACAAAGGCUGAGCAAGUGCCAAAGAAGGGGAAGAAGAAAGUAGAAAUUCCUUCAUUGGAAAAGGCAGUCAAAGAAGUAAAAGAGGUGGAGCAUGAAAACCACUUGGAAGUUCUACGUCAGUCGUCUAUAGGUCGACGUCAUUUCAAAGGAGUCCAGAUUCCUAUACAGAAGAAAAAAAUGAAGAAACCAGGAAAGGGACUGCAUGCAUCUUUCUCAGUGUUGGAUACGAUUUCUCCCUCCACCAAGGGAAUCUUGAAGGCUACAUCAUUACCCCAGAGUACAGAGGCAAAGAGAGUUCACUUUUCUCCUAAAGUCAGGGUGAAACGACUCAUGAAAUGAUGUCUUGGUGUUGUGUCUCAGAAUAAACUUCAUGCAAACCCCCA